GGCAGAGCCGGGGUUUGAGGCCAGGCCUGGCUGCCUUCAGAACCCAUACCCGGUCGUCUUGCCCCACUUCUGGUUAGGGGAGAGAGGAGAGAGGAGGCAGGACGGAAGCAGGAGAUCUAACUGAUAAGGAGCCAGCCGGGAGAUAGAGGGAUCGGCAGACAGGAUAUUGAGGUGGCUCCGAGUCGGAAGUCAUUGGACCUAAGUCACACAGCGAAAGAACCUGGGGCCUGCCCUUCCCCUCUCCAGGCCAUGAUGAUUCUGCGAUUAAUCAUUCUUGCUCUGGUAACAGGGCAUGUAGGGGGAGAGACCAGGAUCAUCAAGGGGUAUGAGUGCUCUCCUCAUUCCCAGCCCUGGCAGGUGGCUCUGUUCCAGAAGACACGGCUGCUCUGUGGGGCAACGCUCAUCGCUCCCAAAUGGCUCCUGACAGCAGCUCACUGCCGCAAGCCCCGAUACUUAGUUCACCUGGGGGAGCACAACCUCCAGCGGCGGGAUGGCUGUGAGCAGACCCGAACGGCCACCGAGUCCUUCCCCCACCCAGACUUCAACAACAGCCUCCCCAACAAAGACCACCGCAAUGACAUCAUGCUGGUGAAGAUGUCGACAGCGGCCUUCAUCACCCGGGCCGUGCGACCACUCACGCUGUCGUCACGCUGCGUCGCUCCUGGCACCCGCUGCCUCAUUUCUGGCUGGGGCACGACGUCCAGCCCCCAGUUGCACCUGCCCCAUACCUUGCGAUGUGCCAACAUCACCAUCAUUAAGCACGAAGAGUGUGAGAACGCCUAUCCCGGCAAUAUCACAGACACCAUGGUGUGUGCCAGUGUUCGGGAAGAGGGCAAAGACUCCUGCCAGGGUGACUCUGGGGGCCCUCUGGUCUGUGACGGGUCUCUUCAAGGCAUUAUCUCCUGGGGCCAGGAUCCAUGCGCUGUCACCAGAAAGCCUGGUGUCUAUACCAAGGUCUGCAAAUAUGUAGACUGGAUCCAGAAGACUAUGGAGGAUAAUUAGCCAGGACCAACUUACCACAGCCCAACAUUCCUGAUCCCUAUUUGGUGAUGUGGCUCAUGCUGUUAAUAGUCAAGCCCAAGAGAGGACAUCUUUAUAUAUUUUCUUUUCAGCCACCUUAACUAUGAGACAUGCUGUGGUUUAGUAAUCAACUUGGGGUUCGGAAUUAGUGAGGCCUGGGUUCCAAUCCUGCCUUGUAGUAACUUGUGAUUCUGGGAGAGAGAAGUGUUGUUUGGUUCACUGUUGUAUCCCUAGCCCCAAAGGCACUCACCAAGGUUUCAAUAAAUACUUACUGAGUGAAUGAA